UCUUGAAGCCAACUACCAGGUAUAAAAGCAGGCUCGAAAGUGAGCCCAGUUAGAAGCUUCUGCUCCUCCGACGGAUUAGGAACACCACAAUGCUGCGUGCCUGCAUCGUCCUCGCCUUGGCCACCAGCGCCUUUGCUGGUCACCUCGGUCACGUUGCUGGUGGCUACACCCUCGCCAGCAACCUCGGCUACGGCCUUGGCUACGGCAGCCUCGGCUAUUCCGGUCUCGGAUACGGUGGCCUUGGUCUCUCCCAUUAUGGCCUGUCCCACGGAGUUGGCUACUCCGGCCUGACCGGCUACGGUGCUGGCUACGGAUACGGAUACGCCCCCGCCGCCAGCUACGCCGUCGCUGCUCCAGCUGUUACCCGCACUGUCUCCACCUACCACGCUGCUCCAGCAGUGACCGCUGUCCACGCCGCUCCAGCCGUGACCGCUGUCCACGCCGCUCCAGUUGUCCAGACCUACGCUGCUGCCCCAGCUGUCACCAGGGUGGUCCAGUCCGCUCCAGUUGUCCAGACCUACGCCGCCGCCCCAGCUGUCACCAGGGUUGUCCAGUCCACUCCAGUUGUCCAGACCUACGCCGCCGCCCCAGCCGUCACUCGUGUCGCCACCUACGCUGCUCCAGCUGUCACCAAGGUUGUCCAGUCCGCUCCAGUGGUCGCCAGCUACGCCGCUGCCCCAGCCGUGACUGCUGUCCACGCUGCCCCAGCUAUUGCCACCGUUGCCCACGCUGCCCCAGCCGUCGCUACUUACGGAGUUGCCCACGUUGCCCACGCUGCCCCAGCCGUCGCCACCUACGGCGUUUCCCACGUUGCCCACGCUGCCCCAGCCCUUGCUACCUACGGCGUCGCUCACGCUGCCCCAGCUUACUACGGCUACGGUGUUGGCUCCCUCGGCUACGGUGUUGGCAGCUACGGUUACGGCCACGGUCUCCUCGGCUACGGCCUGAACUACGGCUACGGCCUUGGCUCUCCUCUCAGCUACUCCACCCUCCUCCGCAAGAAGAAGUAAAUGCUCUUUCUCUUGAGUCUUGGACCAGAAAGAAACCACACAGUCAUGGAAAACCAGAUUCUCUGGUUUCAAUGACGUAUAAUCAUUGUUAUGGGAGAAUAAACUGUUUGUCUGACA